AUGUAUGAUCAUCCCUAAAGUGGUUUAAUGGAAGCCCACUCCUUCAACUUGGAUUGUCUCUCCUAAGAUAUCCAUCAAAUCAAGCAAACUCUCUAAGGUUGGACGACCAUUUUCAGUCAACUGAUGGAAAUCACAAUUGAAACCCAUAAGCAGAAUCAAUACAAUGUAAACACAUAGUCUCUAUUUGUUCAGGCAUCACUAUUGCAAUAGUUAAUAACCACUCAACAUCGUAGACACAAGCAUUCUCAGCCCAAAGACCAAAUAAAAUUGUCACCCAUAAGACCCCACAAAACAGAACCAGAUGAAGUAAUCAAGCCAGAAAACUUUUCUAAAAUAUUUAAUAACCCCAAGAAGAUUUCCAUUAUGCAACUUCAAGGGACCCCAUUUGAUUCAGCAUUUGAAAGCAUCAACAAAGAACUCGAAGAGCCUUAUAGAGAAGACCAGUAUCUAUCUGUGCCUAAAUCUAUGCAGAUGUCAGUCGAUUUAAACAAAUAGAAGAAGAAUCAGCAACUUGAAUUGCAGCAACCCCAAAGUGCCAAGAACAAUUAUGAAAACAAACAAUUCGCUUUCAAUGCCAAAGUUAUGCGUUCCUAAGAUAUUAAAGCCAACAAAGAGAAUCAUCAACAUCACUUAUCCAUGAACAGGCCUGAUUCCAAACGAAUUCUAGACUAACCCCAAUUAUCAACGGUUGUUGAAGAAAACUAAUCACCCUGCAUGAGUCCGUAUGAAAAUAAUUUCAGAUAUUCCAUUGCCUAAUCUCAUAGAUAAUAUGAACAAUGCAGCACUGCCAAAACAUCCCAAAAUAGUCAAAGACCACUUAAUUAUUUCCAACAAUAACCUAUGCAAUCAGACAACAAUAGGUCUUCCUCAAAGUCUUGUUAUGGCAAUCAAUAGACUCAAGUCCUUUCAAAUAAUACCAACUUGGUCAAUCAAUAAUAGUAGGCUCAAUAACAAACAUCUUCACAAAACCCAUUCUUAAACAACCUUAAUAAUGCAAGCACUAAAAAUGUUAAAUAAGUUCCCACAUCAACUACUAACCUUCCAUUUAAAUAGUAAUUUGAAAUUAUGAAUCAAAUUUCAAAUUAAAGAGCUAAAAGUUACAGUGAGUAAAAUUGCAAGAAAUAGUUGAGUAAACGUUGUUUAGACAUUGAUCUCUUAGAUAAAUAAUAUGAGACUAGUUAGGAAUUAAUUUGGAAAGCUUAAAAGACAAAAAAAUGA